UAACUGUUGGUUCGACUUCGUGCAGUCUUUUUAUCGUUUAUUUGCUACUUCCUGAUUAAUACUUUUGAGAUGAGUAAUUAACAAACAGAACAUGGAUCGAAAUAAUCGACAAUCUUCCGAUUUAUCUGGGAGUUCGUUGGGUAACGACAGACUUGAAAACGUUUUAGGAAGUUUCGAUGAUGAAGAGUCUCCUAUAGUCGAAGGUAGCAAUUUGCGCUUUUCUCGAAGUGUUCAGAACGAUUGUUUUCUCGAAGAGGCUGCUCUGGCACAGUACGAUGAUUUUAACACCAUCGAUUGGGUGCGUGAUCGGCAGAGAGAACGCAAACGAUUUCGUGAAAUGCGAAGGAUGAAGAGAGGGAGCUGGUGGGAGCGAAUCGUUCAAGCAAAUGAUGCAUGGGCUGGUUGGCUCGUAGUUCUUCUUGUCGGUUUAUCAGCCGGAAUGUGUGCCGGAAUAAUAGACAUUGGAACUACCUGGAUGACAGAUUUAAAGCUUGGGUUUUGCCCCGAUAAUCUCUGGUUCAAUCAAGAAUCUUGUUGUUGGUCAGACAGUACUAAUUUUGAAGGAACGGGUUGUAGUCAAUGGGAGUCGUGGUCGAGCUUGUUUCAUAUCUCGGAGAAAGGAGCCGCAGCCUAUGUUGUUAACUAUAUUUUCUAUAUUGUUGUGUCUUUAUUCUUUGGUCUUCUCGCUGUUACACUUGUUCGUUGGUUUGCGCCUUACGCUUGUGGAAGUGGUAUCCCCGAGAUCAAGACCAUUUUAAGUGGUUUCAUCAUUCGUGGUUACCUUGGUCGCUGGACACUUGUUAUCAAGUCACUGUCCAUGAUGCUUGCCGUGGCUGCAGGUCUAAGCUUAGGAAAAGAGGGCCCUCUUGUUCAUGUGGCAAGUUGUUGUGGGAACUUUUUCUCCUAUGUGUUUACAAAAUAUCACAAGAAUGAAGCUAAGAAAAGAGAGUUGCUGUCAGCUGCUGCAGCAGCUGGUGUUUCUGUGGCAUUUGGUGCCCCCAUUGGUGGUGUUCUAUUCAGUUUGGAAGAGGUCAGCUAUUACUUCCCAAUGAAGACAUUGUGGAGAUCUUUCUUCUGUGCCAUGAUUGCUGCCUUUACACUGAAGUACAUGAAUCCAUUUGGAACUGGUCAUUUAGUGAUGUUCUAUGUUGAAUAUGACAACCCUUGGAAGUUGUUUGAACUUGUUCCAUUCAUAUUCUUAGGUGCUCUUGGGGGAUUGGUUGGUGCUUUCUUUAUCAAAGCCAACUUGUGGUAUUGUAAACUCAGGAAAACUUCAAAACUGGGGAGAUAUCCUCUAGUAGAAGUUGUACUUGUGACCCUUGUGACCGCAGUGUUAGCUUACCCUAAUCCAUAUUCUAGGCAAAGCAGUAGUGUUCUCAUCAAACAUCUGUUCAGUCAGUGGGGCCCUGAUGAUUCGUCAGAACUAUGUGACUACCAAACUGAAAGUUUGAAUUCCACACUGAAUGUUAAUGAUCCCAAUUGGCCUGGAGCUGCGGCAGGGGAUGGUGUUCACAAAGCCAUUUGGCAGCUGAUUUUAGCCAUGAUUUUCAAGAUUAUCAUCACAAUCUUCACAUUUGGAAUAAAGGUUCCGGCUGGACUGUUUAUUCCAAGCAUGGCAAUUGGAGCUUGUAUGGGAAGGGUUCUCGGUAUUGGGAUGGAGCAACUUGCCUUCCACAAUCCACACUGGUACAUGUUUGAGUCAUCUUGUGGUAAUUCAAUAGCAUCUUGUAUUACACCUGGAUUGUAUGCAAUGGUAGGAGCUGCGGCAGUUCUGGGUGGGGUCACAAAGAUGACAGUUUCCUUGGUGGUGAUUAUGUUUGAGCUGACUGGGGGACUUGUGUACAUUGUACCCCUGAUGGUGGCCAUCAUGACAAGUAAAUGGGUUGGUGAUGCAUUUGUGAAGGAAGGAAUUUAUGAGGGUCAUAUUCACCUCAAUGGCUACCCGUUUCUGGACAACAAAGAAGAAUUCACACACACAACUCUUGCAGCUGAUGUUAUGAGACCAAGGUAGUAAAGUCCUGGUAAAGCCUGCUGGCAAACCUGUUGGGCUGGUGCUUAAAUCUGGUUCCCAUAGCAUGAAGCAGAGGCGGAUCCAGGAAUUUUUGAUUGGGGGGGUCCAAACUUUGGUUCAGAAAGGACUGUUGGACUCUUUUGAGGC